GGGAGUCUGGCAUGAGAGUAGCGGACUGAGACAUGGUAUAAGACGCGUCGGCAGCGUUGCGAACCCGCAGUGUAGUCGCUUCUACGUUUGUGGACACAUCCGCACCAGCCAGCCAUGAAAAGCGGCGUCCACACAUUGACUUUGGCAGCAUGCCUGAUAGGAGCAGUGCUGUCAGGUCCUGUGGCUCGUCCCGACGGUGAUGCCAAGAAGCCAGAGCAAGCACUUCAACCCAAGGAGCAGCAGCCUUCGCCCAUUGCUGUGGCUGCCUCAGCGAUCGUCACAUCCACCAAUGAGGCGAGCAGAGAGAAGAAGAGUAUCGCAUCAAACCUUGAGUCCCGAACUGGAUGGGUUGGAGGCGGCGGAGGAGGUGGAGGUGGAGGAUAUGACCAUGGAGGCGGCGGCGGAGGAUUUGGUGGCGGUUUCGGUGGAGGCCACGGAGGAGGCGGUGGUGCAUACGGAGGCGGAGGCGGUGACUUUGGAGGCGGACACGGAGGUGGCGGAGGUGGUUAUGGAGGAGGUGGCGGAGGCCAUGAUGUAGGAGGAUACGGAGGCGGCGGCGGUGGAUUUGGUGGCGGAGGUGACUUUGGAGGUGGUCACGGAGGUGGUGAUCACGGUCAUGGAGGAGGUGGUGGAUUCGGAGGCGGCGGUGAUCAUGGCCAUGGUGAUGGAGGUGGAUAUGGAGGCGGCGGCGGUGGAUAUGGAGGUGGAGGUGGUGACUUUGGAGGCGGUCACGGAGGCGGUCAUGGAGGCGGCCACGGAGGCGGAGAUAGCUACAGCGUAGGAGGAUACAGCGGAGGAGGGGGUCAUGGAGACGGAGGUGGAUUUGGAGGUGGUGGACAUGGAGGCGGCGGACAUGGCGGCGGUGGAUACGGAGGCGGCGGGGGAUACGGAGGUGGCGGUGGAGGCGGAUUCGGUGGAGGCCAUGGAGGUGGCGGCGGCGGUGGAUAUGGAGGAGGAGGAGGUGGAGAUCACGGAGGUGGUCAUGAGCACAAGAAAUGUGAAAAGAAGUUAGCCUGGAAAGAAGAAUGGAAACAGGUAUGGAAAACUGUUCAGAAGAAAAUAUGGAAGCAAGCCUGGAAGAAAAUCCAGGUCCCAAUCUGGAAGGAAGUUCAAGUACCCAUCUGGAAGGAAAUCCAGGUACCAGAAUGGAAGAAGAUUCAAAAGCCAAUCUGGAAGGAAAUUCAAGUCCCUGCAUGGAAAGAAAUUCAAGUUCCAGACUGGAAGAAGGUCCAGAAGCCCAUCUGGGUUGAAAUAAAGGUGCCUAAGUGGAAAGAGUACCAAGUACCCGAUUGGAAGAAGUCGUACGUGCCAGAAUGGGUGAAAGAGUGGGUGCCAGGGCCAAAACCACUCGGCAAAGACGAGCAUGGAUGGGAGUACACUGCUCAUGACCUCUGGAAGAAGAAACUCAUCUGGAAGCCGAUCUGGAAGAAAGUGUGGAGAACUGAGAAGAAACAAAUCUGGGUGCCAGAGAAGAAGCUGGAAUGGAAAGAAGAAUGGAAACAGAUCUGGAGAACCGAGAAGAAACAGAUCUGGAUUCCCGACAAGAAACUAGCCUGGAAGGAGGAGAGCAUCCAGGUUUGGAGAACGGAGAAGAAACAGGAGUGGGUGACCGAGAAGAAGAAAGCAUGGAAGGACGAGUGGAAGGCAAUCCAGGUGCCCGCCUGGAAGGAAGUGCAGGUGCCCGAUUGGAAGAAGGUCUGGAAGCCAGUCUGGGAGAAGAUCUGCAUCACAGUGCAUAGAGAAGAGCAUUGGGACUGAUCGGCCAUUUCACGACUGAGAGAGAACAAAAAAGACCUUCCCCAAUGCGAGCUCCUCGUCGAGCGACUCAAAAUAUACCAUCAAUGAAAUCAUACCAUGAAAACCUACCAUUUCCUUAUCGUCCUGUCUAUGUAAAAUAAUGUUGUGUACAGUUUCUUUUGUAUAGAACGUAUUAUUUUUUAUACUUGUUGAAUUUGUUAUAUGAUUGUACAAAAUAGGUUUAAGUAAUAAAAUUCCAAAAAAUA